CUGCGGCUUCACGAGUCACGUGGGACAGCGACCAGGAAAAGCAAACGAUGCCGGAUGCGAGGAUCAUACCACGUUUAGGAAGCUCCUGAGAGCGCCGAGUAGCCGGUCGCUAGAUCGUCAGUGCGCUUGCGCUGGCCGGACAAGAUGGCGGACGACAAGGGCUCCCCAAAACUAAAGGACCUUGCUUUUCUCAAAGAUCAGCUAGAAUCCCUGCAACGUAAACUGGAGACCGAAGUGAAGGCCGGAGUAACUCAGGAAGGCACUUUUCUGAGCUCUCCAUUUCUCAAGGGAUUCCUAGCUGGCUAUAUCGUUUCCAAACUCAGGGCUUCUGCUUUUCUUGGCUUUGUGGUAGGAACUUGCACCGGAAUAUAUGCUGCCCAAGCCUAUGCCGUACCCAAUGUGGAGAAGACGAUCAAGGACUACCUUAGUUCUUUAAGAAAAGGGCCGGAUUAGACUGGAAUCAAGUGCUGACCCUCCAUUACUCGCUUCCUCAAUGCUUUAAGUGCUUUAUUGAAACUAUUCAUUGUAUGGGAUACUUGAGAAUUGUACACUGCUGCAGUGUGUGCAGUUGUCUCAUCUGGAUCUGCACUAGGUAGUAGACUUAGCUCAGCAGAUAUAUCACUCUGCUAAGUGCUUUCCUCCAUUUCUUGUCCAUAUUUAAUGCUUGUUUUGGAUAAAAUGUUACAGAGCCAUGGCGAAAGGCAAUGAAAUUUCACAAUUGAUCGGCACGCACAACUUUUGCCAGGCAAGCAGUUUCUGACACUCAUCCUUUUACUUUUGUGGCUUGGAUCCUCCUAUAUAUCAUACAAAUGGCUUUUAUUUAGCAGAGAUAUUACCUGACAUGUAUUGUUAGCUCUCAAGACUUCUGUACCUUCAGAUUUGCACAUACACAUUUUAAUAUGUAUAUAAAUAAAUGAAAUAUGAUGCCAGCU